AUGAGUGCAUCGCUUAAUGAUGUUCGCAUCUGGAUGACACGAUAUCUCAUGAGUAGUUAUUUAACACUUGGUCUACUUGGCAAUCUAAUUAAUAUAUUCAUGUUUACACGAAAAAAUCCUUUACGAAAUUCAUGUAGUUUAUAUCUUCUUACAAUAUCAAUUGCUCAUAUUUUCAAUGCCAUUGUGGGCGUCGUUCCAACCAUAUACAAUUUAGAUAAUGUGGAUCCAUCUUUAUAUUCAUAUAUUUUCUGCAAACUUCGUGUUUAUACGCAACACUCUGUAAUUAUGUUUAGUCGAACAUUGCUGGUCGUUGCAUGCUUUGAUCGAUUUGCAUUAUGUUCAAAUAACCAACGGUUUCGUUCACUAAAUAAUCCAAAAGUGGCACUUCGCAUUAUUAUUGGACUUUUAAUUGCAUGGCCAUGUAUUAAUAUUUAUAUUCCAUUGGUAACAAUGUUUACUGUCAAUGGUUGUCUAAUGACGGAUUUAUCUGCUGUUAUUUGGGGUAUUUAUACUGUUAUAGUACCAGGUAUUCUUACGCCAUUAUCAAUGAGCAUAUUUAGUUUACUGGCUAUACGAAAUCGUCGUCAUUUACAAGAACGACUUAAUGGCACUAGAAAUAAUGCUAACAAACGUGACUAUACACUUAUGAUUAUGUUGUUGGGUGAAGUAUUGGUUUAUGUUACAUGGACAAGUCUCUUUCCGGCAACAACUCUAUAUAAAGCAGUUACAACUAAUGUAGUCAAAAGUGUUCAAAGGCAACAAAUCGAAAAUUUCAUCAUAUUUUUGGGCAGCACUUUUUUACCCUUUCUUGUUCCAUCUUCAACAUUCUACAUCUUUAUUAUAGCUUCACGUAGCUAUCGAAAAGAAUAUGCUAUCAUUAAGAAUAAUAUUGUUGAUGCACUUUAUCGUCAUAUAAUUCAUACUAAGAUCAAUAGGAGCGGUACAACUGUUCCUGUGUUAACUCAACAUCAUAAUGCAAUGAGUCUUGCAUUUUUCUACAGUGAAUGUAUUCAAUUUCUUGCUGGUUUAUUUGAAUUUCGCUCUGGAAAUAAUUUUCAUGCACUUACAUUUUUUUCUUAUGCUGGUUAUCGAUUUAGACUUGGUUUUCUUCAUGCUACUAUACGAAUAGAUGCAACAGCGAGCAACUCUUUCUUUACUUAUCAAACAUAA